GGCCUGCACACAACGGCUCCACGAUCUCACUGGGCUGUGCCCUCAACACUGCACAGGUCUGCACGAUCUCCAGACAUGCAGGAUCUCACUCCGCCAUCCCGUGCCCUUCAGGCACACAAGGCCCACGCUCCAAAGGCCAACUAAUUCACCACAACAUAAGGCCUCCACCUGUAGGCCCAGAUCCCGACAGCCCAUCUUCACCCACCACAGGAGAGCUCCAAACCUGCCUAAGAGAGACACAUUCAGGUCUGGAUGCUAAAGGAGUAACAUCAAAACAACCGGACGUUUGCCUCCUGCUCCAGAAGAAACGCUCUCUGGAGGCCUGGGCUGCAGGCACCACAGCAGCCACGCUGCCUUCCUUUCGGCAGUGGGCUUUUGUGGAGGCGUUGGCAGCACAGUGCCUGGAAUCACUAAGGCUGUGGGAGCCGCCCAGGUUGAGCCAAAUUCUGUGGAGUGUGGUGAGGAAGGAAGCAGAAAGUGCAGACAAGAUGGAAGAGAGGUCUGAGCUCAAGCAGUCCCAAAUUAUGAAGACUCUCAGUUCUGCAGCCCAGGAGGAAAAGCAGGCCGAGAUCACCAAGAGGAAACCCCUGUAUCUGACAAUGAUUCCAGCUGCCAUGAUGAAGUUUAACAAAGUGCCCAAAACGAAAAAUGCCGAUGAAGAAGUUAACAUUACCAUUCCCACGGAAACUGCAGAGCCAGAGGAGCAGAACUUGGAGGAAACCUGUGGCUUGCGCUAUGUAGUUAUCCCCUACUGCCAGCGUUUUAAUGACAUUCGCUGCUUCCUGUUUUUUUACUGCAUCCUGGUCAUGUGUCAAGGUAUUAUAUUUGGUCUUGUAGAUCUGAGCCAUGCCAGUUUUCACAAGGAAUAUGAUGUGAAAACCAGUGAGAAAUUAGUAUUGGCACUCACUUAUGAUGUUUCCUCUUGCCUGGUAGCAGUAUUUGUAGCUUACUAUGGAGGAAAAAUGAACAGAAUAAAAUGGAUUGCAUUUUCCUCCUUUUUAAUAGGAUUGGGAUCAUUUUUUUUUGCUCUUCCAUACUUCAGUGCUAAAGUUCAUAAAUCAGUAAUGGAAAUGGAAGAUAUUUGCCAAGAAAAGAAGCUUAUCGAUGUUUGCCCAAAAAGUAGAUCAUCAUUCCAAACAAAAUAUCUGACUUUCUUCAUCCUCGGAAAAAUUGUGCAGGGAAUAGCAGGAAUGCCUCUUUAUAUCCUUGGGGUGACUUUUCUUAAAGACCAUGUUGCCACACACUCAUCUGGCAUCUACUUAGGUAUUGGUGAUGCUUCAGAAAUAUUGGGAUAUGGUUUGGGUUAUACAAUAGGAGCACCACAACUUAAGGGCCCUGAGAAUAGUACUACUGAUGAAAGAAUUAUCUUUGAACCUCGUCAAAGUAAAGGAGCAGGGUUUUGGUGGAUUGAUUUUCUUCUUGCCUCUGGUAUUGCAUGGUCUACAUUAAUACCAAUCUUAUGCUUUCCAAGUAGUAUAGCAGGUACAGAAAGGAUAAGAGCUGAGAAAAAUAAACACCUUCCCUCACAUGACCAGCAGCUUAAAGAUGAGCAACCUAAAGUUAGCAUUAAGGAUUUAUAUAUUUCUAUUAGGUAUCUGAUAAAGAAUCCACUGUUCAUGUGCCAGGCUGUCUCCAAAGCUGCAGAAUCCUUAGUUAUUAUUGGAGUUACUAAAUUUUUGCCUGCAUAUUUAGAAAAUCAGUUUAUAUUAACUCCCAGUGUGGCAACAAUGCUUACAGGAGUUAUUUUAAUUCCAGGAGGCUCAGUUGGCCAUUUACUGGGAGGUGUCAUUGUUUCCAAGUUAAAAAUGUCUUGUAAAGCCCUAAUGAGAUUUAUAGUGACUACAUCUAUUGUAUCAAUUAUAUUUCUUGUGCUUAUAAUUUUUGUACAUUGUGACCCAGAUAAAUUUGCAGGGAUCAAUGAAAAUUAUGAUGGAACAGGUGAGUUGGGAAAUCUCACAGCUCCUUGCAAUAGCCACUGUAAAUGCUCAUCUUCAAUAUUUUAUUCUGUAUGUGGAAGAGAUGAGGUCGAAUAUUUUUCUCCCUGCUUUGCAGGCUGUAAACGUUCUAAAACUUUAAACUAUGAAAAGGCAUACUAUAAUUGCUCUUGCAUAAAAAAUGGAUUGCUAUCUUCAGAUAUUGAAGGAGAAUUUUUUGAUGCCCUACCUGGAAAAUGUGAUACAAAGUGUUAUAAAUUACCUCUGUUUUUUGCUUUUUUCUUUUCUUCAAUUAUUUUUUCUUGUUUUUCUGCUGUACCACUCAACUUGACCAUUUUUCGGAUUGUACCUGAAAGACUCCAUUCUCUGGCCUUGGGUUUAUCCUAUGUGAUUUUGAGACUACUUGGAACAAUACCUGGACCAUUGAUCUUUGAAUGGACAAUACAAACUUCUUGUACCUUUCGAGAUAGUAAUAAAUGUGGACGCAAAGGACGUUGCUGGAUCUUUAACAAGACCUAUUUGGCUUUCAUAUUGGUGGGAAUAU